CAGUUUUGGCACAGUUUUGGCACAUUUUGCUCUCAUUCGAACCAUUCGGCCGCCGAUGGCCGAUUCGAGCGAGCCACACACACUUUUGAACCGUGGUCACCGCCCCAGGUACAAUUCGUCCAUGCGCCUCGCUUUUGGAGGGGAAGAUCAUUCUCAAUUGGACUCGCUUCCGCAAUGCGCUAGCGUAUCCGCAAUAACCCAUCGUCCGCCCAGUCCCUUUGCUCCGCCGCCUCUCUUACCCUCCAACGCCCCGUCCUAUCUCACUUCCACUGCUUGUUCACUAUCGCAUCUCACCAGAAAACAUGUUAAAUUCACAAAGCCACCCUUAUGACUUCUUCAACUCUACAAAACAUUGACGACUUUUCUACUGUACUCUAUCGGCAUGGCUGAUCAGUGUAUCGUCUGCCUGGACGUUUUGGACGUCGACGAUGCCUUACCUCCCAAGGGAGACAUCGUCGAGUCUGAAGUUAUAGUCAAAUCCGAACUUGGAGAUCUCGCCUCCACCACAGCUCACAACCACCACGCCGACACCCAACAAUUACUUGCAGUUAUACAAACCUGCGGGCAUAUACUACAUGAUUCGUGUCUGAAAGAAUGGAUCCAAAAAGCAAACAGCUGCCCCAUUUGCCGCCAGCAAUUUAACCUUGUCGAAGUCCAUGACAAAACGUCUGGCCCGAUACUUUCUACAUACACAGUCGAAGAUAAAAAGCAAGUCGCCGACUUUGACCCACUCGCCUGGAUUGAGGAUCAAGCCCAAGAGGAGGAGUUGUCGAGGCCAUGCCCAAUAUGUGCCAGCUCCGAUGACGAAGAAGUUCUUUUGCUAUGUGACUCAUGCGAUGCGCCAUACCACACAUACUGUGUUGGUCUCGAUAGUGUGCCUCAUGGGCACUGGUUUUGCAUGGAGUGUGAGCACGAGGGCGCAAAUGCCCGCACCGCAGAACCGUCCAUGGGAUUUGGCGGAACUCGCCACAGGAACAAUGAACGCACACAAGCCCAGGUCCGACAGGCACGUUCAAGACGCCGUAACCGCACAGAAGCAUGGCAGGGUGCUUGGAACCAGAUCAGCGACCGCAUUUAUGACGCCUUGGAGCUGGAUAUCGACUAUGACGAAGACAACUCUCUACAAGCAUAUCGGCAGUCCCAGCGUCGCACAGAACGAGAGCGUCGUGAGCUUCAGCAGUGGCAACAGCGCCUCGCGAUCGCUAGCCGUCAGGGCGCAAGAGAGGUUUUCAGGAACUCAGCACGGUCAAUACUGCACAACAGAGUUGAACCACCAGCACCCAGAGAAUCUGAUGAAGAGCGAAGAGCAUGGGAAACAUAUGAUAGAGUCCGAGAAGCCGAAAAUUCUGGCACUCCCACUCGGAAACGAAAGUCACGCUCCACAACGCAAUCCCCAAGAGAACCGGCAACCAAUGAGCCGGAACGCAAACUCAAGCGUCCUCGUACCCGUCGAGUUAUGGAGAAUUCAGCAGGAUCCUCAUCCGAUGGGAAUCCAGAAUCGCGGCGGCCAAAUGGCCACCGCAGACCGGUUGCUCCUGCGCCUCGCAGGCCAAUGACUCCCAGUGCCCCCACUCCCAAUCCAACGGCAGCGGCACCAUCAUUCCUCUCAUCACUACUCAAAGAAGUUGAAAUGGGUGCAGCCAAGGAAGAUGACAGCGACAACAAUGAGCACGUCUUCGUGAACACGAAUUCUACGAGCCCCGCGGCAGAAUACUCAUCUCCCGUUUUGUCGCCAGCCACCAGCAGCUACUCUACGCCCCGCGCCAUGUCAUUGACACCACCCCCCAAUGGAAAUGGUAUCCGCAGAUCCGGAUCUCCAUUAUCACUCAGCUCGAGAGUGGAGCCAAUCUACCCCCCAGCCGACUAUUCUCCCAAUCGCUCGCCUCCAGAGAGGACGACGAGAGCCGAGAAUGGACACUCAAGGCCUAGCACACCGCCUGCUAGCCAUCUCCGCCAUCCCAAACCCCGAAGACCACAACAACCAAUUCCAGCAGAGAGUUUUUCGACACAACCCAUCUCCAUCGAAGCCAAAGAAGGCAUCCAAAAGAUAGUCAAGAAAGCACUUGACCCACACUAUAAGAAACCGUCUGGCAUCACGAAAGAACAGUAUGCGGAUGUCAACCGUUUGGUUUCAAGGAUGUUGUACGAUAAGAUAGUUGACCCUACUGCCUUGAACGAUGACGAAAAGUCAGCGUGGGAAAAGGUUGCCUCAGCUGAGGUAGCCAAGGCCGUCGAAGGGCUUUCUGCAUGAGCCAAUUUGGCGUGUUUUAGGGCAUACUCUUGAUGAUGGCGUUUAACAAAUUGGCGAUACAAUGGGCGUCUUUGCAUUUUACAUAGGAUACCCACUGGUUGCCGGAUAUGGCUUGCCAUUAGAGUUUCGGGGUUUUUCACGACUAAACGAUUAAGCUGGGCAUGCGAGGGCGUGCGAGGGCGCUGCUCAUUGUGUAUAUUUUAGAUAGAUACGAGUUCGUAGAAUGGUUGGAUGCCAAUUCAAUGACAUUUUAUGAUAUACGCCCCAA